AGAGAUGUCCUUGUUUAAUAUGGGUUUAUCUUUACUCUUGAGCACAAACAAACCAUGUGACCUAGGAAUGAUCAUAUUCUUAUUGAGAUAAGAUGAGUGUUACAUUAAGAUAUCGGUCAGGUUUCACAUUUUGAAUAUUUUACAACCACAUGUGUUGAAAAAGAAAGUGGAAGUACAUAAAUAUACUCAGGACUAUUAAUAGUUACGUUUAAGAAAGAAAAACUUCUCCCUGAAAUUACCGAAUACCUUGGAUUGAAAAUAAGAGCCAGAUCUGAACUACAUAUUUGUUGUAUUCUAUUUGUAAUCUGCCGGCUGACACCCUGAACAUCACAUACAGUACAAAAUGGGAGAAUCGGAAAGUGGCCCUGUUAUGACAUGGUGGUUGUUUCUCAGCAUCACAAUUAGUGUGUUCGGUAAUUCAUUCCUGUAUGGCUAUAAUAUCGGUGUGGUCAAUUCUCCAGCCAGGAUGAUCAAAGCAUUUUACAAGAUGACAUAUCUCGCUCGUGAUGGAGUGAAAACAUAUUACAACAGUGAAGACAGAAAUCUUUAUUUUACGUCACUUCCGGAGUCAUAUGCGAACAACUUCACUGUCACAACAACUGUCGAACCGCUAGGUGUCGCUGAACCAGAAGCAGAACCUUUUGGUGGCUCAAAUGACACAUCUGGAGGAAACGGCACAUUAGGUGUUGCACGUGAUCCGUUUCUCGCAUUUACAGAAGAAGAAAUUGAGGCAGACAAUGUUAUCGAGAUCUUGUGGUCAAUAACAGUAGCUUUCUUUGUUUUCUUUGGCAUGAUCGGUGCGUUUUCAUCCGGAAGAAUAGCCGACUACUUUGGAAGAAAGAAAGGCAUGGUUUUAAUCACUUUUCUGAUGUUUUUGGCGGGAAUAUUUGGCGGUAUUCCCACGGUAGCUAAAUCACCAGAAUGUGUUAUGGUGUCAAGAAUAUUCGUCGGAUUGCACACUGGGAUGGGUAUAAGUCUGGCAUCGCUUUACCUUGCGGAAAUAUCCCCCAAGAAGAUCCGUGGGGCAGUUGGCACGUGCCAUCAGCUUUUCGUGACAAUGGGCAUAUUGUGGUCAAUGGUACUUGGUCUGCCGACAUUAGCUGGUACCUGGGCCACAUGGCCAGCCCUAUUUGCUUUCAACGCCGGACCCUCUCUGGUGUGUCUACUGUUUAUGCCGUUAUGUCCGGAGAGCCCAAGAUACUUGUUGAUAAAGAAAAAUGACGAAGAGGGGGCAAGAAAAGCUUUGAGAAAGCUACGUGGCAGCGGAUAUUCUCGUAUCGAAGACGAAAUUGAAGAAAUGAAAAUUGAAGCCAGAAAAGCGUCUUCUGUAGAGACUUUUACAAUGAAGAAAUUGUUGGUUACACCAGAAUUAAAGUUACCAUUAAUUAUAGCUAUUGUUGUACAGAUUGCGCAACAAUGGUCAGGUAUAAACGCCGCAAUGGCGUACUCGAGUUUUAUUUAUACACAAGCAAAUGUUCCUGACAGCGUCAUUCCUUAUGUCGUUGUGGGUCAAGGUGCUGUGAAUGUCAUAUCAACUAUUGUUAGUGUUCCCUUGAUGGAGAAGUUAGGUCGGCGGCCGCUAUUAAUAUGGCCUCUAUGUGGUAUGAUUGCAUCUUUCAUAGCACUGACAGUCUGUCUCAAUCUACUACAGGACGACGCAUACGCGGAACAGAAAAAUGUACUAGCAAUCAUCUCUAUAAUAGCUAUGUUGACGUUUGUCAUUGGCUUUGCCUUAGGACUCGGUCCUAUUCCAUACACGAUAGUGUCCGAAAUAUUCCGACAAGAACCACGUGCUGCAGCCAUGAGUCUGUCAAUGGCAAUCCAGUGGACAUGCAAUUUCAUCCUGUUGUUGACGUUUAGAUUUAUACAGAAAAGCAUUGGCGCCUACACGUACCUUAUAUUUAUCGUCAUUAUGGUCGCUUCAUUCAUCUUCCUGUUUAUCUACGUUCCGGAGACCAAAAAUAGGACGUUUGAUGAAAUCGCACGUGCUAUAGCUUCCGGAAAGGAGAAGAAACGACGGGAUUAUAGCGAAGAUGAAGAAGAAAUGCAGCCAAUGGGCCGGCAGAGUGACUGAGUAAUAAAAGACAUGUAUAGGCUCAAAAAUGGCUAGGCUUCCUAGAUUGUAACGGAUAAAUUUAUAAAAUGUUGUUGUGCUGUUUAAAUAAGCAUAGAAACCAAAGUCCACACAGAUCUAUUUUAUAACAAGAGACCAAAAUGGGCCUAAGUCGCUCACCUGAAGAGGACUUCGACGAUCUGACCUUGCUUCUAAUCAGGUUUGGUGAAAAUCCUUUAAGUAGUUCAUUAACAAAAGUUAUUUAAAGUUUUUCUAUAUUUUGCUGUGACGCCCCAAAAAUGCAUAACCAUAAGAACAAACUUCAUGACACGAAGUUGUUUUUAAAAAUCUGAUUUUAACUCUGGUGUCCCCUUAAAGGAACCAAGCAGAACCAUAACAAUGAAACUACAGACCAAGUUUGGUGAAGAUCCAUCAAGCGGUUCAUGAAAGGAAGUCAUUAAAAGUUUGUUUUUUCUAUUUUUAGCUCUAACGGCCCCUAAAAGAGGCCAAUUGCCCCAAAUUUAAACAAACCUGGGAAAUUUGAUGCUACACGUCAAGUCUGAUGAAGAUUCAUCAGAAGAAGUCAUCUAAAGUUUUUUUUUAUUUUCAACUGUAGUGGCCUCUAAAAGGGCCAAACACCACCACUAAAUAUUUUUGAGAGAGGGCCUUACAGUGAUGCUAUACACCAAGUUUGGUCAUGAUCCAUCAAACGGUUCAUGAGAAGAAGUCAGUUAAAGGCAUUUCUAUUUUUUAGCUCUAGCGGCCCCUGAAAGGGGCAAAGCACCCCCAUUUAAAUAAACUUGGGAUAGGACCUAAUAAUGAUGUACAGACCAAAUUUGAUGAAGAUCCAUUGAGCGGUUUCUAAAAGGUAAUUUUAUUUCAAGCCCUAGUGGCCCCUAGGGUCAUGCUAAACAAUACCAAUUGGCUAAAUUUAUGUUGAUGGGGGAGAAGUGGUGGUCCUGACCCAAAGUGUCUGUGGUAGCUUUACCGUUGCACUGGAACCCGGACUAUUUUAAUAAUACAUGACCUUGCUGACAACCAGCCCUAGGAUGUUUCAAUUAUUCAUUCUGCAUCACAUAAAAUGCAUUUAUUUAGGAAUUACGUUUUAUAUUUUAUACUUAUAGAAUGCUAGCUGCAUGUUUACAUUAGUUUUCCGCCUAGAAUACAUAUAAAUGUAGGGAUGCUUUAUGUUGAUUAUCAUUAAAUUUUGUGAAAUUAAGGUUGUAGAUCCAUAAUGACAUUCGGUAAUUUCCGUAGGAUUUACGAUUUCACCGUAUCUGAUAUCGGCAUUAUCCGGCUGAUACGGAAACCAUGGCUCGCAUGAACUGUAUUUACGACCAGAGGAAACGAAUUCACGGACAAUAAUACGAAAUCACCCGGAAAUUGUCGAUUAUCAGUAUGGCUUUAAAAUUUUGAUUAUUAUAGUUAUAUGUCUUUAAGACGUUUCCAGUUUAUUGUCGGUUGAAAAUAUUAAGCGUUUAAUAGAAAUAGAUUUAAGAAGAAAUUAUAUCGAGUAGAUGUCAUUUUAGUCAUACUCUUUUUUGACUUUAAUGUUACCAUCAGGUCACCAAUAUUUAGAUAUAGGGCAUUAAAGGCAACAUUAAUGACAAAUAUUUCUGAAACGGUUAAAAUGAAAUAAUAUGCAGUUUCAACACGAUUUGUGUUCAGUAAGUUACUAUGUUCCAUGUUUGAAUAAAAGUGAGUAAUAUUACAGUAUCUGUAUUUCGUGUAAAGGCCAAGGACCAUAAUUUUCAACAUUUUAAGUCCGACGAUAAUACUGCUAAGUUCUAUUUGCUCUACUGAAAUAUUGUGUUAAAGCUACUCGUCCACAGAUCAAGUGAAAUUUUUCAACAUGUUCCUUUCAACCAAGUUUGACAUAGAAUAUAUAUAUAGGAUACUGAAAAGUGAUAAAUUUGGUGAAAAUAAAAGUUGGAUAUUGGUGAAAAUGCAAGAAGAAUGUAAAUUUUCUGCAUUGUUUCAAAAGCGUUGCAACGGUUUACUGCCUUUUGAACAAUAUAUUUUGGUUAUUUUAUAAGAAUAUCUUGCAAAAAUCUUCUGCUAUUAAAGUUUAUACUACAAGUCA